UGUAAGAGAUUUCCUGAUUGGAACACACCCGGGUGGUAGUUCCCUGCUCGGGUGGAAGGGAGUCUGAGGAUGUUUUCUAAUGGGACUGGUUGCGACAAUUGCCGAACAGCUGAAUCGCUUCCGAGCGCGGUACAAUCGUCGUGUAGCCUCUUCGAUCCGAGGUGGGAUUGCAUCACCCCGCCGUUCUCCGUCUCGCACACUUGAUCUGCAUUUUUAAUUCCUGUUCAAUUGCGCUUUUCGGUUGCGAAAUUGGACGUUUCUUGGCUGGACUCCCCAGGGUUGGAGGUGGUUUAGAAUAUUGCUGUGAGUGACAUUUCCUGAGGAGGCUGAGAAGCUGAGGAAUUGUGCGCAACAUUGGCAAUCUGGAUUGAUGGUUUAGGGGACGAUAUGGACAUCCCCGCGUGACUGGCUUCUGCAACGCAGACCACAGCUACACCCAUGGCUGCCACACAAGGUUACUGGGAAGUUUGGAAUACAGCUGCUAGUCAUCGUCAAGGGCCACCGCAACGUCCUCCUUUUGGGCCUCCCACGCAUGUCGCUGCACAACGAAAUACUUUUAAUCUAAAUCCUAACGCUAGUAACUCAGCUGCUCGACCUAUAUUUGCCCCUCCCACGACACCUGGUGCUCAGUAUGGUGCCCAUUCUUCCCAAUUGCAACCAAAUCAUGGCAUGCUUCUGAGUUCCAAUCUAGCUAGGCCUAAUUCAAACGAAGAUUCAAAUGCAGGGAUGUUGCCAUCUACUCCAGUUUCUUCUGGAUUACACCAGGGUAUUCCAAAUAAUAUUGUCUCAUCUCAGCAGCCCCCUCAGCAGCCAUCCUAUCAUGGAUACUCAUCCAAUAUUGGGAUGGGGCCUCUGCAACAAAUGGGACCCCCCUGGAUGCAGUCAGCGCAACAAUUCCAGCGUCCCUCGUACAUGGUCUAUCCCGGCAAUUAUCCAGGACCUCUCCAGGCACAGAUGCGUCCCUUGGGACCGUCUGUCAAUGCAAUGCCAGUAGGACCUGCUCCAGGUCUUUUAACGUCUGGUCAAGUUGCUCAGCGUCCUGUGAUCUGGACACAAGAGCAUCCUGGGCCACCAGCUGCAAGGUCCCCUAUAAUGACGACGACGACGACGACUGAUUCAACUAGGAGCCCAAUUGGUAGUAGUAGACGUUCCGUUGCUCUGUUAGACAACCAGUUAAAUCUGUCGGGUUCAAAGACAGAGAAGGGUCCAAGUCAGGUUGCUGUCGAUCCUGCAGAUGUGUGGACUGCUCAUAAGACUGAUAAUGGAGCAGUUUAUUAUUAUAAUUCUGUCACUGCCCAGUCCACUUAUACACGACCUGAUGGUUUCAAAGGGGAGCCAGCGAAGGUGACAACGCAUCCCACGCCUGUCUCUUGGGAGCGUCUGAGUCCCACUGACUGGGCGCUAGUGACAACUGACGAUGGCAAAAAGUACUACUAUAACACAAAAAGUCAGGCAAGUUGUUGGGAAGUGCCUUCCGAAGUUGCUGAACUUCGUAUGAAUCAAGAAGAGGUUUCUGGGAAGCUGGUCUUUGAAAGCGUUCCUACUGGCAUUUCUCCUGUAGAUAAGAGUCCUGUAUCUUUUACCCUCAACGUAUCAGUAUCAGCUGGUGGUCGUGAAACGACGGGGCACAAACCUGGUGCUGAUUCUGCCUUAGACCUCAUCAAGAAAAAACUGCAAGAUGCAGGUGCCCAAGUGACGGUGUCACCAACAACUGGGACCGCUCCAGUUGCAGGAAAUACCUUAAAUGGUGUAUCGUCAGUGGAUGCUAGUAAUGGAAAGGGUCUGGGGGUUGACCAAACAAAAGAUAAGCCCCAGAAAGGUGAUAAUAAAUCCUCAGAAGAAUCAUCUGAUAGUGAAGAAGAGGAUCCAGGGGCAACCAAGGAGGAGAAAGUUAAUGAAUUCAAGGAAAUGCUGAAGGAGAAGGGAGUAGCCCCAUUUUCGAAAUGGGAAAAAGAACUGCCUAAAAUCAUUUUCGAUCCACGAUUCAAGGCUAUUCCAAGUCAUACCGAGAGGCGGUCUAUUUUUGAACACUACGUGCGAACAAGGGCUGACGUUGAGCGAAGGGAGAAGCGGGCUGCACAAAAGGCUGCCAUUGAAGGAUUCAAGCAACUUUUGGAGGAAGCAGCAAAGGAUAUCUCGCACACAACUACGUAUGAUAGUUUUGUGAGAAAAUGGGGCCAUGACACUCGCUUUGAAGCUCUGGAGCGGAAGCAUCGAGAAUCUUUGUUGAACGACAGGGUUGCUCCACUGAGGAAGGCUGAGGAGGAGAGAGUUAGAGCUGAACGUGUUGCUGCUGUGGCUGGCUUUCGAGCUCUUGUAUCAGAGAAGGGUGAUAUCAAUUCAACUAGUCGCUGGUCCAAGGUUAAAGAAAAUCUACGUUCCGAUCCUCGUUACAAGCUUGUUGAGCGGGAAGAAAGAGAAGUGCUGUUCAAUGGUAUUAUUUCAGAAUUGAAGGCAGCAGAGAUUGAAGUGGAGAGAGCAGCUAAAGCUAAGAAGGAAGAGGAGAAAUCGAAAGAGAAAGAACGAGAUGCACGUAAGCGCAAGGAGCGGGAGGAACAAGAGCUUGAGAGAGUGCGUGUAAAAUCUCGUCGGAAGGAUGCUGCAUCAGCUUAUCAAGCUCUUCUGACUGAGAAAAUCAAGGAUCCUGAGACGUCUUGGACUGAAGCGCGGACCCAGUUAGAGAAGAAUCUUUUGGGUCGUGCUUCUAAUUCAAACAUUGAUGCCACAGAGAGGGAGCGAAUCUUUCGGGUGCAUAUUGAUGGAUUGUAUAGUCGCUGUGUCCGAGACUUUCGGUCGCUCCUCUCAGAUCUGAUCACUCCCGAAGCUGCUGCCAAGCACGAUGAGGAGGGGAGAACACCACUGGACUCUUGGCACGAAGCUAAGAAGGUAUUAAAACUAGACCCGCGUUACAGCAAAAUGCCGCGACGAGAGCGCGAGUCGUUGUGGAGAAAGCACGUUGAUGACUUGCAGCGGCGGACAAAAACAACAAAUCCAACCAGCAGGGAUGAUAAUCACUUCUCUACCCGCAGGAGGGCUUCGACACCUCCCAGAUCUCAUCAGAGAUCGCGCUCACUUGGGAGACGUUUUCGACGAUGACAGUGGCAUUGUCCAGAAUUAUUCAGAUGGAUUAUGGGAGAUUGUCCCUUAAUCUCUGGAAUUGUGCACAUGUUACAAGGAACACGUAUCUUCCGGUUGUGGGCUUUUACAUGUUACUACCUAAGAGGUUUAACCCUUGCCAAUGGUUUGUGACCUAGCGAACUGUUUUAUUCAGGUUAUAGCUUCAGAUGGGCCUACUAACACGACUUCUUUUUAAUACUAGUUUGUUUCGAAACAAGAAAUAUAGUUCUUGAGCACUCCAAAUACGGUUUCAAAUUGUAAUAUGAUUCCAGAACGGUUUUUUCCCCCGCAUUCCUAAGCUUAGUUGUGUACAUAUCUUCUUCAAAUCUAUAAACAUUUUUAUUUAUUUAUUUA